AAUCUUUAAAGUUUAUUCUUAAGUACUAGAUCUAGGACCUAAGUAUUAACUUAUUACUAGAUCUAGAUCCAGAUUCUAUAUUGUAUAUCCAAACAAUGCAUCAAUGGCCAGUGACACAAUAACGACAAAAAGAAAAGGUGACUUAGCAAAGCUUUUUCAAGGCACUGUUGAACUUGAGGGCAGCUGUGAGGGUGAAGCCGGCUUACUCGACCUCAGAAGGACCUGCAUCAAAAACCCCAAACACGAUGGGUUCAUUUCUGUGAAGGACUUCAACCGGAGCCACCUCCCACUGAAGUACCAGCAUGACGAAGUGUUUGAGCUCACUAAAGUUCUCGCUGAGCUGACGGUCAGGUUAGCCGUCCAAUACAUCAGCCCGGAUCGUCCGGAUUUUUACGCGGAGACGGAUACGCCUUAUCCGUUCGCCAGCCGUAAAGGUACGAAUUUCUUGCAGACAGGAAGCGGAAGAGUGAGGAGAGUCAUGAUAUUUUACGAGAAAGACGAAGAGGUUUGUCCAUGCUCGGAGUGUAAGGAUUCCGAGUCGCCUGUGGUUGAGUUUGGUGAGAUUGUUGUGUACACGGCUACGCAUGUGGUGUUUGAUGAUGUAGAAGCCAGACAGACGACUGUCAGGUUUGGGUUCGAUGACGAGGAUAACGUCGGAGUGGAUCUGGAAGGUGUGUAUGUUAUGGGAAACGACAAAGUGAACGAUAUCUGUCACUUGCACUGUGUUUCCCAUGACUUGGAUUUUCUGCAGAAGCUGUAUGAUACAUGUUUAAAAUGUGAUGGUUUGUCGUAUAACGUACUAAUCAGAUAUGACGAUACGAUGUUUCAUGAUAAAUUAACCUUAUUGGUGUCUCACCCCCACGGUUGUUUUAAGCAGAUUUCUAUCGGUGAAUGGACAGAUAAAGACAGCGAGUCCUACCCAAUGACCAGGUAUGCGUACACUGCACCUACCUGUCCAGGUAGCAGUGGUGCGUUCCUGUUUGUGUUAGGGAGGGAACCGUACUACUAUGCCUAUGACCAUGUUCAUAGUGGAUCCAACAGCAUAACAAAUUUUAGUUCAUUCGGCGAUGAAAGCUUGUAAAGUUUUUUUAAUGAUAAUAGCAACAGUUACGAUGGAUUAUAAAUUUAUUGUAGUAUUAAUUUUUUUUCAAUCUCUGUGUGUACUAAGAUAACAGAGACAUAGAAAUUUUAUUUUUCCAAUAAAUCACCUAGCUCUGGAGAAUGGGUCAGCUGUAUUUGCUCUGCUGUUUUGUUAUAUAUAUUUCAUUGACAACUCCUUCAAACAGGGUACAUUUUAAGAUAAA